UGUCCUUGUGCGAGAAAAAACGAGAUUUGAAGGAAACCACGCCAUUUGCCUAUGAUCUCAAGGUUAGAGGUUCGAGUCCCAGCAAAGCGUAAAGUUACACGGACUAGUCUGGUCAAGUGAACCAGAGCAGAGUGGCUAUAAAGAAGUGCCUUGGCAUGGAAGGCAGCAGUAAACCUGGAGAGAAGGGUCAGACAACUCUAACGGAGGGGGACCAUGACCGAGUUGAGGUGGAGAACCAGGUGAGUGAUGCCCCCCUCCUCCAGACAAGGCGUACUGGGCAACUGACCCAAGUCAAGUCCUCCCCUCCCACCAAACCUGGACCAAGGUGGGAGAAGGGGGCCCAUCAUAAAGAGAUGAAGAAAAUGAAUGGUGAUCAAAGCCCUACCACAGUAGCUAAAACCAAGGGGGAAACUGACUCUGAAAGUCAACCACAUAAAACAAAACCAAAACAUGCCCUUGUAAGCUCACCAGAAGCAGUAAGGGGAAAAGUGCCAAAGAAACGAGGCAGACCACCAAAGAACAGAACAGUAGAGGGCACUCCCCACCAAGAUGAGACCACCCCUGACUCUCAGAAAUGUUUAAAUGGAUCAGGAGCUGGCAGAUUAAGUGGCACAGGUAGUUCUUCACUCAUUGAAAGUGGCAGUCCAAGUAAUAGUGGAAAUGUUGAAGUGCAUGGCAGCAAAAGGAGGAGGGUUCAAAACAGAAAUUCAAGUUCUUAUCCUGAAGAUACAAAGAACACAACUCAAAGUUUUUCUGAAAGUAAGGAAUCUCAAGAAGACAGUAGCAUGUGUGAAGCUUUUGAUGAGAAAGGAGCAGAACAUGAGGGAUUCGAAAAACAAAGAGAUUCAAGUGAGAGAAAGCGACGCGGAAGAUCUUCAAAGAAGUCUCCCCUUAAGACAACUUCCUCAUCUGAUGACAGAAAUGCAUCUGACAAUCCAGUAUUGGAAAAUAGCCAGUUAACAAAGUUUUUAGAUUCAGUGCAUGAAAAUUCUGACAAUUUGACUUUGUCUGGGAGGAAACGGAAGAGAGGACGUCCCAGGGGUGAAACGGGUGCUAGCACUGCUCAAAGGGAAGUGGAAAUACAAAGAAGUCCUACUGAUUCAAAGGUAGAGGAGAAUGCAGAUCAGACAUCUGUGGCUAAAAUUGACAAUACACAUGAUGAAGAUACUCCCACUACACCUGUUAUGAAAAGGAAAAAGGGACGGCCCAGGAAAAUUCAACCUGAUAAUUCUGUGAUUGACAGCUCUGUUAUUGAUACUUCAAAUGAAGGGGUGGGUUUAAACGAAAAAAGUGAGGAUGUGAGUAUAAGGGGGAGGGUUAGGAAAAUAGGAGGCAGCACUAUCACAGGACAAGACAAUAAGCAGGAGUUAAACAUUGAUGACUUGGAGGAUCAUAUGGAUGAAGAUGAAGAUGGGAUAGAUGGGGACACUUUAGAAAUGCAAACGUCUACCCCUAGGGGGAGGGGCAGAGGAAGGGGGCGGGGCAGUGGGAGGGGGCGGGGCAGAGGAAGGGGGCGGGGCAGAGGGAGGGGCAGUAAGCAGGUGUUAAACAUUGCUGGUUCAGAGGAUGAUGUGGAUAAAGAUGAAGAUGAGAGAGAUGGGGACACUUUAGAAAUGCAAACAUCUACCCCCAGGGGGAGGGGCAGAGGAAGGGGGCGGGGCAGAGGGAGGGGCAAGGGGUGUGGUAUUCCUUUUCCUGGAAAUCAGUCUCCAAUAUCUGACACCAGUGGAAGGGGAAGGGGGAGGGGACGGGGAAGAGGCAGAGGAAGAGGAGCUACGCCUAAGAAAGAUGAAUCUGAAUUUGAGAAGAAUUGUCCCCACUGUAAGGAGGAAUUUGCAGUGCUGCAGAAUUUGAAACGCCAUUUGAUGGUUGAACAUGCGGCCUUGUGGACCCCUGAAAACCCUAGCGGUGACACGGACAGACCUUCACGGCGGAAGAUCUUUAAAACUCUCAGGAAGAUACAUUGCCCACAGUGCAAAAAGGAAUUUAAAGUGUUUCCGUACUUUUGCUUUCAUUUGGACUGGUGUGGCAGGGAGAAUGAGAUGGCGACAUGCGACAUAUGCGGCAAGCAGUACAAAGCAAUGUGGUUGCAGGCACAUACGCGUGAGGCGCACACGGCCAAGAAGCCCAAACAUGGCAGCGUGGUGACAGAAGAAGAACCAGAGGGGGUAGCUGUCAUGGAGGACGAAGGGAAAUUAGGACGAGGAAAUAAAAGAAAGGCUGCUUCUAAGGCAUUGACCAAUCUCCACAACUUGGCUGCUGAUGUAGAAGAUGCUUUUCAACAGACAGUCAGCGAGAUGUCUUUAUUGAAGAAAUUGUUCCAGGCCCCUCCAUUGGCAGAAGUGACAUCAGAGUUGUUGAGAAAAUGGAAAGAAACCACUGGGCAGUUGGACUGUCCAUUCAAGAGUGAAGGUUGUGCUGCCACCUAUACUACAAUUCCUGGCAUGAGGGCACAUUUCGUGAACUGCCAAUACAAUGGCCUGGAAAGCCACAAGUAUGUUUGUUUGGUGUGUAAGAAGGAAUUCAGCUCCCAGGCAUCUGUCAUUUAUCACAUAAAAGGGAACCAUGAAUGGGAAAGUAAGAAAAAGAAAAAGACCAAGAAAAUGUGUGAAGACUUAGACUCUAUAGCAGACGACAUGUCAGAUUACGAACCAAACCAGUCGGAAGCAGAAGAGGAAGAAGAAGAUGACGGUUCAAGCGGAGUUUCGGAACACAGUAUAGCCUCAGAGCCAGAGACAGGCAGCAGGUACUUGAGAGGAGGAGGAGAGAGACCAAUCAGAGGAAGGCGGUGUGACGAGAGAGAGGCCUUCCAAUGGGGGCUGGAAUUCCAUCAGAAAUACGACCAAGACUCGGCAUUUGUGGACUGGGUGCCAAGGAGUGACAUGUGGACUGAACUCAGUGCUGAAGAAGCUGCAGAAUAUCUUCCAAAGACUGAUACCAGCCCCCAGUUUAAGGUGGUCCAGUCCUCAAAGCAACGAGCUACAGAUCCUCAGACACUGUCGAAGUUUUCUGCCUGCUCCACUGAAAAUUCCUUCAGUUUUUUUGUUGGGGGUCCAGUGAAGUCAUUAUCAUGGUGUCCUGUGCCAAUCAAGAUAUCAACCUAUCAGAUGCUGGCUGUUAGUUGCCAUAGAGACAUGGACUUUGUCAGUCCUGUGAAUGGGGUCUACUCUGACAAAGGAUGUGUUCAGAUUUGGGACUGUGGAAAUUUGGAAAAGAAACAAGUUAGGCUACCCAAGCUGUCCCUAGGUAUUGCACAUGAAUAUGGCACCGUCACCAGCCUAAAGUGGUGUCCAACUGGUGCUUUUAUUUCCUCGGAUAAGGUCUGUGAGGAAGGAGUUUUACCAAGAUUGGGUCUUUUAGCUCUUCUCUGUACAAAUGGACUCAUUUAUAUUCUAAGCAUUCCUCAUCCAGGAAGUCUAUCAGAGGUCAAAGGUGACUCUGAGAAAGGGGCCAAAGAAGACUCUCAGAGAGAUGUCAAAGUCUUUCAAGCAAAGCCAACUGUGAUAUUAGAUGCCUUUUACAAAGCAGACUGUGAUACAGAGAGAAUCCAGUGUAUAUGUAUGGACUGGUCCUAUAGUGAUCUCUCUCUUCUGGCAGCUGGUCUUACUGAUGGAUCCUUAGCCAUAUGGAGUCUCACCACCGCCAGCUCUCUCCUGAAAAACGAAAAUAUAGAUGGCGUUCAGGUGCUUUACCCCUAUCAAGUCUUCAACGUCCAUAACUGUUUAGUUCGUUCCGUCACCUGGUGCCCUUUUUCAUCCAAUCACAUUGCCACAUCUGGAAUGGAACGCAGCGUGAAAAUUUGGGACCUGCGUGAUCCAGAGAGUCCUUAUAAUCAUAGUUGUACACCUUUGAUGAAAUUUGGGAAUAUUAAUUUCGUUGAGUGGCCAAAGUACUGGUGUGGACUUUACCUGGCAGCUGAUGAUUUGGCCUGUUUUGGUCGUAACAGUACCAGGUAUACAGAGUGUGGUUACUUUGGUUAUACACCCAAGACCAUCCUGCCCCAUAAGUCAUUUACCUGGCACUGUACAUUCUCAGACUAUCUUAACAUGCUGGUGGACUGCGACUCGGCCGGGGAGGUGAUGGCAUGUGUCCAGCCUAGCCUCAUGAUGGUGAACAGGGACACCAAAACCUUUGCAAGGAGACGCUUUGGCAUAUAUCAUGUUGACCUCGAGACCCUUAAACAUCCAGAGAACCAGGGGCAAGAUCCUUCCUCCUCAUCUCAACCUAGCGACAGCAGCAAACAAGGGAAGUUAGCCAAUCAAAAUGGAGGAGAGCUUGAAGAAGCAACCAAUCAAGAGGCAACAGAAAUAGCAACAGCCAAUAAGAAAAGCAACCAGUCUACAACAGCCAAUAAGACAGCAGUAGAUGCUAACAAAUCCAAGCCUGUGCCAGUGACUGAAAGUUACAGUGAUGCAGUGUCAAAAUAUUGCUUGGUUUUUAAAGAAAAGCAGCUGAGUAACAUACGACCUGAUCCAAGGCUGCAGAACUUUAAAAUGAACCAUGAUCACCUGGAUCAGUUUCCACUGCAGGCAAUUUACCAGGUAAGCAGUAACAACAACAUGGGUUCUCACCUGUGGGUCGCCAGCGCGGGACAGUCUGGGAUAGUCCGUCUUCACCACAUCACUGGACUGAAGAGGCCGCAGCAUGCCAGGAUGAUGGAAAACGCCAGAAAGUAGUCUUCUGUUUAACUCUCUGCAGACAAGUUUUAUAAUAUGAAAAUGAUGGCAUCUUUGGACAUUCUGACAUUCCCUGUAAUGGGUUCUCCACAUCUGCUUCCUAAUUUGCGAUUUCGAACACUUGGAUGCGACUCUCGUACUUUUAAUGCAGGCAAUUUAGUUGUCAAGUUCAGCAUUCUCUGGGUGAUCUGGUCCAGUUACGUGUACUGCUCAUCAUGGAAGGAUCGAGACCUUAAGCUCUACUUUGCUCCAGGGUCACCGUUUUGGGACAAUCAUAUGUAGUGCAAUUUUAUCAGUAAUGAAGGGCUUUUAUGUUCAGUUUCCUGUCAAGAAUCAGCAUAUGGGUCUGUCUUUUUCAUAAAAUGUUUUAAGAAACAUGGUACAAAAUGUGUUUGGACAUUGUUUCUUGCCUUACCCUACCUGGAAUUUCUUCCUUCUGCUCAAAAGUUAAAAAAGCAAGGAAAGAAUUUCCAUUUGACUUACUGACUGAAAUGUGGACUGUGAUGCAUACUUCUUGGAUAUUUAAGUCCUGGAAAUAUUUCGAAUUCAUGGAAAAUCUGGGUCAUCAAUUUUAUUCCUUAGUUCUAAAAUUCCACUUAUGUUCCUUUGAAUAUCAAUGACUGCAUUUUGUAUGUGUAAGCCAGUGACAAAGAAUUGCUCAACAAAGAGCAAUGUUAUUGUUGUUCUGUUUUUGAUUUAAAUAUUCAUUAUUUGAAGGUAAUGGUUUAAGCAUGUAUUAUUUGGCCAUGAUAAAGUUUGAUUUUAUUGAAUCUUUUCAAAUAUUAAGUGAGGAAGAGAUAUCCAAAUAAAUUCAGCCUUGUCGACUCCUUAGUUCAACACUGAAGUAGUUUGUUUGUUAAUGAAUGAACUGUUCAUCACACAUAAACUUAGCGGCAUUGCACAAUAAUUGGCUUUCCAUGAACAAAAAUGCCUUAAAUAACAAAAGAGUACAGUGCCUCUCAUACAGAGAUCAAAUAUAUGACACUUUUAAUUGAGAGAACAAUUUCAUUUUACUUAAUUUUCAGUAUAUUUUUUCACACUGUAAACCACACCAAAAGUCCGCUGCAACAAAGUAAAACAAUGUCAUUUAAUUUUAUUUAUCAAAUUAUUAUAUAUUUUAUUUGCACACAUUUUAUCUGGACAUCUCAAAUACGCCAGUGUGAUGGAAUGGAGAAAAUUGAUCAUAUACAAAUAAAAUAAUAAAUAAUAUGCAAAAAAUUCAUCAACAGAAAAGGGCAACCCAAACAUAACAAUAACAAAUUGUACUGAAAAAUACAAAGACAUGAUGAUUAGAUCUCUGUUAUUACAAAUCUUCAAACCCUGAAAGUUAUUGUAAUUUCUACCCACUCUAUGGUGAUCUGUUAUUCUCUAUAAAAACGAGCAUUGAAACUUCAAACAGCAUAUGAUAGAAUUUGCAUAUAUUUGUAAAUCUCAGCUUCUGCCUCUCUGCCUAAGAGCCCAGCUAAUGCAUCAGUUCAGAGAGCAAGUACGAGUAAACAGUUGUACAAAACACUAAAACUAGAUUGCAUACAUGUUUCUAUGCCAGUGAAAGCCCAUCUAAUGCAUCCAUUUUCUUAUAUAUUGCUACAGAAUUUCCUCUAUCUUCUCAAACAGACAAAAA